CAGGGACACAGUGAACUAUAAGGAAGUAAUGAAACAAUAUGGUUUGGGACCGAAUGGCGGCAUCGUGACCUCCCUCAAUCUGUUUGCUACUCGGUUUGAUCAGGUGGUGAAAUUUAUAGAGAAGAGCCAGACAAAUUGCCGGUAUGUGCUGAUUGACACUCCUGGACAAAUUGAAGUUUUCACCUGGUCAGCCUCUGGUUCCAUCAUUACUGAGGCCUUGGCGUCAUCCUUCCCUUCUGUGGUUGUCUAUGUCAUGGAUACCUCUCGAAGCACAAACCCAGUCACGUUCAUGUCUAACAUGCUCUAUGCCUGCAGCAUCAUGUACAAAACCAAGCUGCCGUUUAUUGUUGUCAUGAACAAGACAGAUAUCAUCGAUCACAGCUUUGCGGUUGAGUGGAUGCAGGACUUUGAGAGCUUCCAGGAUGCUCUGAACCAAGAGACAUCAUAUGUCAGCAACCUGACUCGCUCCAUGAGCCUUGUGUUGGAUGAGUUCUACAGCGUGCUGCGG